AUGUGUACACGCUCUGGAGACAGAGAAACGACACUACACCUAUUUUUUCACUGUCGCUUUGCACAAGAAGUGUGGCUACAAGUCCCCUGGGAAUCGACUUUCGACUCUUCCCUUAGCACAUCUUUUGUUGAUGAACUCACUUCGGCUAGCCGACGCAGACUCCUACUACCUACAGGGAUCACGAUUAACAUCUUUCCCUGGAUCAUUUGGUUCCUAUGGAUAAGCCGAAACCAACUAACUUUUGAGCGCAGGAAAUCCACUCCCAGCGAAACGGUAUCGAAGGCCCUCCGAGCCGCCCUGGAAUGGGAACACGCACAACCACCGGUAGCUGCCACGAUCCAUCGAAACCACCGCCUAUCACAACCCAUUGAUCUCUCGCCUAGCACUAUGAUUUGUAACACCGAUGGAGCAUGGAGGGUGGAGAGUCGACAAGCAGGUACAGGCUGGAUCUUCACGAGUCCUACAGGAGCGAUCACGCGUGGUGGAAAGUCCCAUCUUAACGUCUCCUCAGCCCUAAUGGCGGAAGCCCUUGCGGUUAGAGAUGCCCUCAUGCAUGCCUCCGCUCUUGGAUUCACCUCAAUCUGGCUUCGAUCAGAUGCUCAAGCGCUCACCAAAGCGAUCAAUUCGAACCAAGGACCGACAGAACUCCACGGCGUCCUGUCGGAUAUUGCUUCAAUCUCCUCGUCUUCCUUUGAUUUCUGCUCUUUUUCUUUUGUCUCUCGUGAAAUGAACGGGCCUGCGGACCUUAUUGCAAAAGCCCAUCUUGUAUUAGCAAACUCUUCGGCAGUCCAUUAG